AUGACGUAUCUACCGUAUAAAAUAAAUCGAAAGCUUUUCAGUUGUCGCUGUCGUGUCUAUCUAUACCGUUCUAGCAGUACAACUCAAAAUGUCUGUUCUGUUACUCGUAGUUUCGAACUACAGGUCACACAAUCUCCCUCUCUCUCCACUCUCUCUCUCUCUCUCUCUCUCUCUCUCUCUCUCUCUCUCUCUCUCUCUCUCUCUUCUGUUCAAAUGACGAGUUUAUCAGGACAAGCUGUUUGGGGUAUUAUCGCUUAUUGCUAUAAAUAUGUUCAUACCGUUAUUACAGCUGGUUGCGUUCAGCUUGUCAGGCGCGUUUAUUAUUUAAUUGCCGGGCAAACAAGACGUAACAAUAACAUUCGACCAUACGUCAACUUGCCGACUUUGGCCUCUGACCAGCCUCCAGAAAAUCAACGCCAAAUCGAAGCUGUUAAAAGCGGCUGUAAGUUCUCUUUUACUUUCCCAUUAAUUUUCUUAUAUCUUCUUCUCUCCCUUUUUCUCUCUCUUUCUUUCUUUCUUUCUUUCUUUCUUUCUUUCUUUCUUUCUUUCUAUCUCUAUCGUUGUUCACAUCUAUCUAUCACUGCGCACAUUAUCACAUCUAUCUAUCUAUCUAUCUAUCUAUCUAUCUCUCUAUCUCUAUCGUUGUUCACAUCUAUCUAUCACUGCGCACAUUAUCUAUCUAUCAAAGGGCACACUAUCAAUCUAUCUAUCUAUCAAAGGUCACACUAUCUAUCUAUCUAUCUAUCUAUCUAUCUAUCUAUCUAUCUAUGCGCACAUUAUCAUCCAUCCGGUCUAUCUCAUCUUCAAUCUAUCUAUCUAUCCAUUACAUUCACUAUCUAUCUAUCAAAGGUAUCCUUAUCUAUCUAUCUAUCUAUCUAUUCAUCUAUCUAUCUAUCUUCUCCCCCCACCCAUCCUAUACUGCGAACAUUAUUUAUCUAUCUAUCUAUCUAUCUAUCUAUCUAUCUAUCCAUCUAUCUAUCUAUCUAUCUUUCAAUAGCAGACAGAUUAUCUAUAAUAUCUAUCUAUCUAUCCUUGAAUGGCAACAGAAUACUCUCUCUCUCUCUCUCUCUCUCUCUCUCUCUAUCUAUCUAUCUAUCUAUCUAUCUAUCUCUCUCUCUCUCUCUCUCUCUCUCUCUCCUCCUCUUCUCCUAG